AUGUCUAAAGACUGUAAACAAGAGAUCAAAUCAGAGCAAGUGGAGAACCCAGAAAAGUCAAACAGUUUUCUCUGCCCAAUGUGUGGAGCGCAUUACUAUUCAGAAGACUACUUUGUUGAGCACAUCAAAGAACAUAAAGCUAAAGCAAUAUCUAAUUGUACAAUAAAAGAAGAACUUACAUCUGAAUCAGAUAAACCAUCUGUUUUUAUCUGUCCAGUUUGUGCUGAUCAUGUUUACUCAGACACUCAGUUUAUAGAACAUGUAAAACAUCAUCAUGAUCAUAGCAGCCCAGAAGUACCUGACUACUUUGAUACUUCUGAUAACUUGACUGGAACAGAUCCUCAGAGGACAUUAGUUCUGUCUCCUAGUGAGAAACCCUUCAAAUGUUCAGAGUGUUCAUUUGCUGCAAGUCAAGCAGGUAAUCUUACUAGACAUAUGAGAACUCACUCCGAAGAGAAACCCUUCAAGUGUUCUGAGUGUUCAUUUGCUACAAAACAAGCAAGUGAUCUUACUAGACAUAUGAGAACUCACUCAGAGAAACCCUUCAAGUGUUCUGAGUGUUCAUUUGCUGCAAGACGAGCAGGUGAUCUUACUGUACACAUGAGAAUUCACUCAGGUGAGAAACCCUUCAAAUGUUCUGAGUGUUCAUUUGCUGCAAGACGAGCAGGUGAUCUUACUAGACAUAUGAGAACUCACUCAGGUGAAAAAUGUUAA